UAUGACGUGACAACAUGAGAAAAAAAUAGCAAACAAAUCCAAGAUGGCGGCCUCCGACAAAGACUGGGUUGACUACUUCGGCGACUUCAAUUCGACGAAACUGUCAGUUGACACUGACACCGAUUUUGACAAUUCGAAGAAUAAUUUCAAUUAUUAUGACAAUCAGACUGGGUACCCUACAUAUUCGAACUUCAGCGCUGAUGAUUUCUGCCAGUCGAAUCAUUCGCAUUUUUAUUUGAAUGUCACUUGCGAGUUCCCGAUCAAUUAUGCUGAACCUAUGUAUGGAUAUAUCGCCCCGUUCCUCCUAGCAACAACCACAGUAGCUAACACGUUGAUCGUGGUGGUGCUCUCUCGCCGGCACAUGCGGACCCCCACAAACGUGGUGCUCAUGGCCAUGGCCCUUUGCGACAUGUUCACGAUGCUGUUCCCUGCACCCUGGCUGUUCUACAUGUACACCUUCGGCAACCAUUACAAGCCGUUGAGUCCUGUCAGGGCCUGUCAAGCGUGGAAUUAUAUGAAUGAGGUGAGUGGGGUUUAGUAGUCUGGCAUCUCUUAUUUACGCCGUUGGCUCAGCGACCCAAAUGGCUUUAGGUCUUGGCCUCUGAUACGGGAGAGCGCCUCUUUACCCGAUCCUUAGCCACUUCUCGCCAGUCAUCGGCAUUAAGCGCCCGAAGGUCCGCCUCAACUGUAUCCCUCCAGCGAUACCUGGGUCAAACUACACAUCUUAAAGUAAUAUUAUUAUUCAAAGGCCUACUACGGACGGUUAAAGCUUUGAAGUAACAUGUAUAUUGACUGUAUAGGUAAGGAGAUUGAAGUUGUGAAAGCGUGACAGUGCUCUCCUCGGUAUAGAGCGGUG